AGUCGUCAUGACAACGAAUUCUUUGCAUUCAUUGGUUAGAUCUUUUCACAACAAUGGAGUGACAGAAACUUUAUCACAUGUAGUUUGUUUUCGUUAUUGUUAUAAAUAGGAAGACAUUUUCAGAGUUUAUGUGACAUUUUUGGACUGCAUUUAGAUGAAUGAUAAACUUCUAAAUUUCUACAAUGAAAUUCUUAAAUUUUUGUUGGUGUGCUGUUAUAUUCUUAAACAUUAACGUUCAGUUUUGUUUCGGAAAACUCUCAUGUAAAGAUGACAAAAAUCGAGAUGUUGAUUGGUAUGUGAUGUACAAAAUACCAAAAAUAUCAGAUGAACGAGAAGGUACAAAUCUAGGUGAAGGUACUGCUUAUGCAUAUAUAACUUCUUCAAAACCAGGGAACUGGAAAUUGUCUUCAAAAAGUGUAACAGAUGGCUCUUUAUUAGAAAAUACUCUGGAAGACUUUAAUGCAAAGAAAAAGGAAGCUUCCUAUUUGUUUUAUAAUGAUGAUCCUCCAGAAGGUUAUUUUGGAACUGCUGUUGGUCACCUGAAAGGUGUUUUAGCUUUUGAUGCAUUCUCUGGCUUUUGGUUAAUCCACAGCAUACCAAGGUUUGGUGACGAAAAUAAGUUUGAGUUUCCAGAAAAUGCUAUGGUUAAUGGCCAAAGUAUCCUGUGCGUGACAUUCCAUACAAAAACUUUAAAUGAAAUAUGUAACCAACUGUUGUAUUGUCAUCCCAACAUAUAUUCUAGUGAGCUGACAGAUGAAGUUGCUCAGUUCCUUGACGACAGCGCUAAAAGUAUUUUUACUGACAACCCAGCCUUUAUUAGAAAAGAUCCUUUAACAAGAGCAGUGAAAUUGAAGAGUUUAAAAAACAAGUCAUUUGUGAGUUUUGCUAAGGAUAAUCAAUUUAAUCAUGAUUUGUAUAGUGAUGUCAUUGCUCCUGGUUUGAAAUCCUCCUUAGUGACUGAGACAUGGCGCCGUGGAAGCGGAAUGUUUUUACCAGCUUCUUGCAAAUCUGAUUAUUCAGUUCUUGAUAUUGUAACAAUGAAUAUGACUGUUGUUGAUAAAAAGAAAACAAAGAAUAUACUGUUUAAAUCUACUGAAGAUCACAGCAAAUGGGCUGCCUCUGCUGCAAAUGAUAAAAGUUGGAUAUGCGUUGGGGAUAUGAAUAGAAUGGCGUCCCAAGCAAAACGUGGUGGUGGGGCACUUUGUUUCGAGUCAGCACCUGUAUGGAAUGCAUAUCGUUCAGCAGUUUCUGAGACUGAUCAGUGUCCUGGUAAAUGAUAAAACUGAUGACUUGCUUAGCAACUGACUUAAAAUGAAGUCUUUUAAACCAAUCAUUAAAUUUGAAACUAUGCAGAUCUGUAAAAUAACACUUCCCAAAAAAGUAUUGACUUGUACAAGAAUCAACAUAUUUUAUCAGAUUUGAAUUUUCUAUUUUUGUUGGUUAAUUAUGUAUGUUUUAAAUCUAUUAUAUCUUAUCUUUUUAAUUUAGACUAUUUUAACUCGUUUGCUCUGUUAUAUGUAUAUAUGUGUUUAUAUAUAUAUUCCUUUGUUAACCAGAAAAAUUUAUAUUCAUUUUAUUUCCUAAAUUUAUAUUUUAUUGUUUCGAAACUAUGUAGACAUAGUUUUACUUAACACAGACAUUUAAUUGGAAUUAAAAUGUAUUGCUACAUAUUAGUAAAUUUUUAUUAACCUGUUAAUGCAUAUGACACACUGAAUUGAAUUUUUUUCAUGUACUCACAUAAAUAUCAAAGAAUUUUUUUUUUAAUACAACAAAAUAUAAAUGCAAUAAUUUUGAGUUAAAUUCAAAAAAGAUUGAGUUAAAUAAAAUUGGCUGAAAAGACCAUGUAGUGAAUUUUAAUAGGUGCAUUCAGGGGUUAAAAAGACCGGUGCAUAAAACUUUUAUAAUUAUGUGUAUUCCAAUACUUAUUUAUUAUUGUGAAAUAAAAAAUCUCAUAAAUGAAA